AUGGCUACCUCCAUGAACCCCGUCGACCUCUACCACGACCCGGCUCUCGAUUCCCUUAUUACUCAAAGCACCCCCCGGAGCAGACAAAAUGGCGCAACUCGUCGGUACAGUGGGGGACAAGGCAGACGCCCACUUUCUCAAAACUUGAACACCGCAGCACAACCUCUUCCUGCUGCGCCGGAAGUACCCCGCGGGCCACCCAUUUCCUAUCGAGGGUAUGGUCAGGGCGCGGACGCCGGUCUCCAUCGAUCCUUCUCCCAAAGAGCUAAAGGAAGACCAUUCCACAGAGAAGCAUUCGCUGACUUAGACGAUGAAUAUGCUGAAGAAGUCGUCAAACCUAAACAGCGCAUAGUGUCUGAGCCAGAACGCCGGGAAGCCAUGGCCAUUGUGUCUCGAAAACCAGCACCGCCCGAUGGUUUGCGACUAGACACAGAUCUCAAUGGCUCAAGCGCUACGGAAAUACCAAGGAGGGACAUUGAGUCAACCCGCGAACCGUCUUACAAUGAGCCAAAGUCCAAUCAGCAGCCUCGCCGGGUGUCUGAUACACCGCGCCGUGUCGAAGAGCCAGUAUCAGCCGUUAGCAGGUCGAGUGCUUUCCGAGAUGAGGCUCAUAGAAGGGAUUGGGCCCCGGAUCGAUCCCCUUUGCAGAAGCUGGAGGUCACGCUCAAUGACAUUAGCAAGGAAGAAAAGCGCGCAAGAGUGCAAGAGGCUGAAAUGCUACUGCGAGAACGUGAGUCGAAACCAGCUCGCGGCGUGGUAGAAUCACCUCGAGAAGCCGGUCCGGUGUCAAAACCUGCUGUUUCUGCCAACCGAUCUGCACCGAAACGGGAACGACCAGCCGAUCAGGAAGUACCAACCUUAGAAGACGCAGUUCUGGUUCGAAACCUCAGCACCACCCAGCGACAGCGUCUGCAACACAGCACAAUGGUGGACAGUCAUCGACCCGACGUACGAAGCCUGUCCGGAGAGGGUCAUCCAGGGUUUGAGUAUACUAUCUCCAGCCCGCUGCAAGCCGCUCAUGCCAGUCAACGCCGCCAGUCAAGCAGCAGGCAUCGGCGAGCAAGUGAGCCUAGUCAAGACGGUCCGGUCGCCUCACCUUUCCCGGUAACUGAGCAAACCCCCGCCAAACCAGAGAGAGUUCGAUCUGGGAAACAGCGUGAAGUCCCCCCGAUGGGCGAAGAAGUUGGGCCUUUGGAUGAUGACGCUGGGCAAGCGCUGACUCGCAAUAUUGAAGCCCAAACCACAUCAAUCCCUGGGCGGGACGACUUUUUGGAGCGACAGAGGAAUGCAUCUCAUAAAGCAGCGUUAGAGAAACUCACUGGUAUAUCGGAUCCCGUCAGACUUGGGCGAGGUGGCUCACGGAAACUCCAGAAAGUUGUACCGGAAAGUGUAAAUGAGAAAAGUGCUUUGGCUGGCAAGGUGCCAAGCAGAAUACCUGUACCAACCUCAGCAAUCACCAGUCAAGCUCGCAGAGUAGAGCAUCACCAUCAAUUUGUCGCAGCUUCCAUAAAUGAAGCAGAGCAAGCGCAACAUCGGCCACAUACGCCGCCCAUCGGCCCUGGGCUUCAAUCUUCACCCCACCCAAGCAGCCCCCAGUCACCUCCAGCGAAACCGGUAGACGUCAUACGUCAAAGACAACGAAAAUCUAGUGUAUCAUUCAAAGAGCCACUCAACAACCGACCUGUCGAUGAAUGGAAAGAAGCCGGGACAGCAAGACUUACAGCCAUCGACUUUUCUACAGAGACUGUGACCCCAGCCGAUAAAGGCAAGGCUUGGUGGGAACAGGCUGCGACUUCGUCUGGCCGCAGACGCAGCAGCAGAUCGACGAAGGUGGCUGAUCAACCCGCAUCCGGAGAUCAUAUCGACGAUAAAACUGCCGAGUUCAAACCGAACCUCUAUCUGCGGUGCGGGCCAUUGCUUCGCUACAAGGGUAUGAGAAGACAGAAAAAUGGAAAGGGUGAAGAACGUGAAUUCUGGCGAGGGAGUGUCCUUAUUGUGACUCAAAAUUCCCAUUCCUCAUACGAUCCUGCGCCGACCCUACGUCUGUUUUGUCAACCAAAGAAGCUAUUACCACCUCCGCCUCACCAUGUCACUGCUGAUGAGCUUCAACCUGAAUAUGUCGACCCGAUUGCUGGCUUGACUAAGCUCUCGAGGACCGGAAAAGCUUUGUAUGUUCGACCCGUGGACCAUCUCGAAGAAGGGAAAGAUUUAUCACAGGUCGAAAACGAUGAUGGCCUCUUCGAAAGCUCCCCAAGCCCGCUGGAGCAUAAUGGGCCUCAAGGUCUGGUUUCAUUCUCAAAUUAUCGCAUCCUUGACACGGAUGGAGAAAGAUUGGGAAGAUAUCAAGAAGUAGCGGGAGCGCGACUAUAUGCAGACCCCGACCGUGAUGUGACCUUCUGGCGAUUUAAUCUUGAGAUAGAACUCACCGAUGAGCAACAACAUAUUGCUUACCGCAUCAAUCGUGGUCCGUCCGUCGGUUUCUGGGUGCCUAGUCGUGGUCAGACCAUGCACAUCAUGUUUCAUUCCUGCAAUGGAUUCAGCCUUUCCGUUAAUUCUGACAACUUCAGCGGACCAGAUCCGAUGUGGAGAGACGUUCUCAAUACCCAUCAAUCCCGUCCGUUCCAUGUUAUGAUAGGUGGUGGUGAUCAGAUUUACAAUGACCGUGUCAUGCUCGAGACCGAACAUUUUGGCGAGUGGACCAGGAUGAGGAACCCAGCUCAUAAACACCACGCUCCGUUCACACACGAAAUGAAGGAAGAACUUGAAAGCUUUUAUCUGAACAGAUAUGCCAUGUGGUUCUCCCAAGGCCUUUUCGCCAUGGCUGCUAGCCAAAUCCCAAUGGUGAAUAUAUGGGACGAUCACGACAUUAUCGAUGGCUUUGGUUCCUAUCCAAACCAUUUUAUGGAGACUCCAGUGUUCUCGGGCAUUGGUAAUGUUGCAUUUAAAUACUACAUGCUCUUCCAGCACCAGAGCGUUCCCGAAGAAACCACCGCACAUGAACCCAGCUGGGUUUUGGGUCGACAGCCAGGGCCCUACAUUAAGCAUCUUAGUAGGAGUUUGUUCAUGCACAUGGGAAGGCACGUUGCAUUUCUGGGGCUUGAUUGCCGCACAGAAAGAAGACGCAGUGAGGUGUUGAGCUAUGACACCCUGGACAUCGUCCUGGAACGAUGCCGCAAAGAACUCAUUGAAGGAGAAACGAAGCACCUCAUCAUACUGCUAGGCGUUCCCCUUGCCUACCCUCGCCUGGUUUGGCUGGAAAAUGUUCUCACCAGCCGAUUCAUGGAUCCUGUCAAGGCCAUGGGAAGAGCCGGGAUCUUGAAAGGCAGCUUUCUCAACAAGUUUGAUGGUGGAGUCGAGAUCCUCGACGACCUUGAUGAUCACUGGACUGCAACUAACCACAAACAUGAGCGAAAUGACUUGGUCAGAGAUCUACAAGACCUUGCGGCAGAGAAGUCCUGUCGCAUCACGAUUUUGAGCGGAGACGUUCACCUUGCUGCAAUCGGCCAAUUCCACUCAAAUCCCAAGUUAAAGAUUCCCAAGGACAAAGACCAUCGGUACAUGCCAAAUGUGAUAUCUUCAGCGAUCGUGAACACGCCACCAUCAGACAUGCUGGCCGAUAUCCUGAACAAGCGCAACAAGGUACAUCACUUGGACCAUUACACAGACGAAGACAUGAUCCCAAUGUUCACCCAUGAUGUGAACGACAAGAAACGGAAUAACAAACGUUUAUUGCCCCGUCGCAAUUGGUGUUCAAUUCAGGAGUACGUUCCAGGUUCAACCCCUCCGCCUUCGCCGUCAGAGAGUUCGGCAAUCUUCGAAGAUGAAGAUCUAGAGGAAGAUCCGGAACCUCGCCCUCGACGAUUCUCCUUCACGAAGGCAGAUAUAAAUCCAGGAACUCUAUUCCGCCGACUAAGCUCAAGAAAGGCGCCUCCUACGUCAUACCGCGACACGAUGUACAACCAAGGCCGCUCAGCGUCCCACGACGGGACAACACUGUCUGAUGGGCCUCCGUUUGCUCAGGAGCGCAAUGCGAGCGGUUCCCGACAAGCCUCGAGUGAAUUCCAGGCUCCUCCAAACAGGCGUGCUUCUUCGUUUUUCCACACUUCUUCCGGAGUUCUACUGCGCCCAGGCCCGUUUCAACGCCGUCCCACCAAUUUCUCAGAAAAAGCAGCUAGGAAAGGGAACGUACCAGCCAUCGAUGCCGAAGGGAAUGAAAUCGAUGUCAAUGAUCAUAUUAGUCUGGAAGGAGGUCUUGACGUGGUCUUGAAUGUUGAAGUCAAUCAGAAAGAUCCAUCCGGAAUUACUACGCCUUACAGGCUGCUUAUUCCGGCUCUUUGGUAUGACGGUAGCUCUGAUCGUGAAAAGCUUGACGACGCCAGCGGCGUUCAAAGAAAACCGACACUAUUGAACAGAUUCGGCAUCGGUGGAAGAAGGCAGAAGGCCCCAGGGAACCAACAGGAAGGUUGGGACCAGGAAGAAAGUGAAGAGGAUUAUGUUGAGGACUCGUAUGCCCUCAAAGCAGGAGCUGCGCCUCGGCGAAGAUUUAGUCUUUUCGGAAGCCGCCGACAAAAGAGGGAGGAUUAUCACAGUGAUGAGGAAGAAGACGGCGAGGACCAGCCUCAAUCCCAGGGCACUGGGACAGGACAGUCUCAACAAUGGCGGCAAACGGACAAUACUUUAGGGCCUAACUCUGCGCCGCAACCUAAAGACACCGGUUACGAGCUAUCGCACAACAUGACGAGACCACCUAAUCACGACAUGCUGUAUGACACAGAAAAUCGGCCACCACCAAGUCAUAGUCUCGAGCCUGCGGUCCACCCAAGUAUCCGCCGCUCUUUGACAAUAUCUGGUCGUGGUAUCCAGCCUAACGGGGGCGGAAGAGCGGUGGGGAAUGUCGGCGGGAACCCGUCUGAUCAACAGCUUCCUUCGUCUCAAGCAAUGGGAGGAAGCCAAUCUUUUGUGCCCCCCUCUCCAGGAAUACCGAUGAUCAACUCCAAUGCAAGCAGAGACCCACCUCCGCGCCGUCUCAGCAAACAUGAACGUAUCCUAGGCAUUUCGCCUUCUGAACCACAACCCUAUGGACCCCCACAGCAGUUGAGAGGCAAUGGUAUAAUCGGGCGAGACUUCAGACAGGCAUACGACCAGGCAGAUUAUUACGAGGGGCCUCCAGCGAGGGGAUACUCUGCCAUAGAGGCGUACAAAGAGCCAAAGCCACGACGAACAUUCAGCCUGAGAAAGCCGCGAUGGCUUGAGGGGAGGAAUCGGGAGGAGCAAUAUGAUUGA